AUGAAUUUCCAUUUCCUCUUCUUGGCGGUUAUUGCUCGUGUUGCUUUUGCUGCAAUUGCCCAAGACAUCAAUGACCGUGUAUGGGCUAAACUCCCAUAUACGGUUGAUGUAACAGUACUCGAGCUUGAAAUAAACCAAGCAGUGGAGGAACUAACGAAAGAGCUAAAAAUCGCAGAAUGUGUGAAGGAAUUGUUUGAUCAAGAAAUGCAAGGAGAUUUGAGAGCAACGUGUAUUAAUUACAUAACUGAUAUUGAAUAA